GCACGCCGCGGCGGGGUGGGUGCAAGAUGCCGCUGCCGGUUCAGGUGUUUAACUUGCAGCAGUAGGUCAGACCUCCUCCUGCCCGGUACGGCCGGGGACUUCAGCCUGAGCGCCAGCCUGUCGGCCUGUACGCUGCUCUACGAGGUACCUUCCAGGACAGGGACCCCCGAGCGAGGGAGGGGGGAGCAGGGCCCCGGCCGCCCCUGCUGUGGCUGGGCCCCUGCUGCUCUGCCGGCCGAGGACAGGGACGCAGUUCCAAGCGCAGGAGGGGAGGGUGCCCCGGUGGGCCCGGGGCCUGCGGAGGGAGCCGAGCUCUUGGUGCUUUUCCCGAAGGAGCGCGGGAGGCCCACGGGUCCGGCGGGUGCUCGGCAUGGCGGCUUUUCCAGCCUGCUUUAAGCCGAGGUCCUGGCUCCUCUGUUCUCCCAGCUGGGGGCCGUGGGGCUCCCUGAGAUGACUCUUUUCCCCUUCUCCCAACCCUGUGGCGUGAUUCUCAGCCCAGUAUUGCUGCUCCGGACAGAUUCCGGGGGCUGGUCCUCCUGCCUCCUGGGGUUGAGGUGGCGUCCCGUUCUUCUCCGUGGCUUGGAGGAAACUGCAUCAGGAUGGUGGCUGGGAACGUGUAGGGGCCUUCAGGGGUCCCUGUGUAGUUGGUUGUCCCGUGUCUGCUUUCUGGCUUUCAGAGACGAGUGGCUAGAAUCAGGCGAGGGGUUUCUGCUUCUGAGCCUUAGAGUCUUGUGAGGAGACCCCUCCCUGAUGUGGUAGCACAGGAGCCUGGCUGGGGGCGAGGGUGACUGGGAGGGCACGCCUGGGGGACAGCAACGGCGGGAGUGUGGUCCGAUUGGCCUGGAAGAUCUCGGGCGGAGCUGACCUCAGAGAAGAGUGCGGGUCUCUCGCCCUCCUGGGGCAGUCCCCAGGACGAGGUGCCAGGUGCCUGGCCCAUGUUGCAGGGGGCUGUGGAGCCCAUGCAGAUCGACGUGGACCCCCAGGAAGACCCGCAGAAUGCACCCGACGUCAACUAUGUGGUGGAGAACCCCAGCCUGGAUCUGGAGCAGUACGCAGCGAGUUACAGCGGCCUGAUGCGCAUCGAACGGCUGCAGUUCAUUGCUGAUCACUGCCCUACGCUGCGGGUGGAGGCCCUGAAGAUGGCCCUCUCCUUCGUGCAGAGAACCUUUAAUGUGGACAUGUAUGAGGAGAUCCACCGCAAGCUCUCAGAGGCCACCAGGUCCUCUCUCAGGGAGCUGCAGAACGCACCCGACGCCAUCCCUGAGAGCGGCGUGGAGCCCCCACCCCUGGACACGGCCUGGGUGGAGGCCACGCGGAAGAAGGCCCUGCUGAAGCUGGAGAAGCUGGACACGGACCUGAAGAACUACAAAGGCAACUCCAUCAAGGAGAGCAUCCGGCGCGGCCACGACGACCUGGGCGACCACUACCUGGACUGCGGGGACCUCAGCAACGCCCUCAAGUGCUACUCCCGGGCCCGGGACUACUGCACCAGCGCCAAGCACGUCAUCAACAUGUGCCUCAACGUCAUCAAGGUCAGCGUCUACUUACAGAAUUGGUCUCAUGUGCUCAGCUAUGUCAGCAAGGCUGAGUCUACCCCGGAGAUUGCUGAGCAGCGAGGAGAGCGUGACAGCCAGACUCAGGCCAUCCUCACCAAGCUCAAGUGUGCCGCAGGUUUGGCGGAGCUGGCCGCCAGGAAGUACAAGCAGGCUGCCAAGUGCCUCCUGCUGGCUUCCUUUGAUCACUGCGACUUCCCUGAGCUGCUGUCCCCCAGCAAUGUGGCCAUCUACGGUGGCCUGUGCGCCUUGGCUACCUUUGACCGGCAGGAGCUGCAGCGCAAUGUCAUCUCCAGUAGCUCCUUCAAGUUGUUCUUGGAGCUGGAGCCGCAGGUCCGAGACAUCAUCUUCAAAUUCUACGAGUCCAAGUACGCCUCAUGCCUCAAGAUGCUGGACGAGAUGAAGGACAACCUGCUCCUGGACAUGUAUUUGGCUCCCCACGUCAGGACCCUGUACACCCAGAUUCGCAACCGUGCCCUCAUCCAGUAUUUCAGCCCCUACGUGUCGGCCGACAUGCAUAGGAUGGCGGCGGCUUUCAACACCACAGUGGCUGCCCUGGAGGACGAGCUGACGCAGCUAAUCCUGGAGGGGCUGAUCAGUGCCCGCGUGGACUCGCACAGCAAGAUCCUCUACGCCCGGGACGUGGACCAGCGCAGCACCACCUUUGAGAAGUCCCUGCUGAUGGGUAAGGAGUUCCAGCGCCGCGCCAAGGCCAUGAUGCUACGGGCAGCUGUGCUCCGCAACCAGAUCCACGUCAAGGUGGGCAGGCGCCAGAGUGGGCGGGUGCACGGCGUGUGGGGCCUGGUGGCUGAACUGCUUCUUGUCUCCCCUGCAGUCUCCACCCAGAGAAGGGAGCCAGGGGGAGCUGACUCCAGCCAACAGCCAGUCUCGGAUGAGCACCAACAUGUGAGGGGUGGACCUUGGCCUCCAGGACAUCUGCACCCCCUCCCCAUCUCCACGGACCUCCUGACCUCCAGGCGGCUCAGUGCUGCCUGCAACCCGGCUAAGAGGCCUGGCCACUGGGUGCCCCAGCCUGCAUGCCCUUGCUGGGGCUGGGGAGGCAGGCGGCUGCUAGUUGUGGCCCUUCUGGAAGGAGGACUGCAGGGCUCGACCCUGUGGGUUUCCGUCCCCAGGGAGCAGACUGCGGCACCCAGGCCCAGCGGCACCAGUUCCCAGACCCCUCCCGUUCCCGCCUCUGUCAGGUGCAGACAAGUGGGCGGUACCCAUUAAAGAGCAGACUGAGCAUU